CGGCACAUUUUUACGGAAAACCCCCGGUGUCAUCAUUGUUUAGACCGACUUCGUUGGGGUUCAUAUGGAGUGUCGUAGGCUACACGUCGAGUCGAGGAACACGAUGUCCUCUGUCCCCGGUGUUGCCACGGGGGGGGGUCAAGUACAAACCGGUGUCGCCCGGGCGUUUAGCGUUAGCCGCACGCAGACCAGAGAAGCGACACCGGUAACCACGCUGACACGGCUCGAUGCUCGUCGUCCAAGCCGGUUGGAUCGUUUCCAUCGGCAUCGUCAAUCAUUAUUAGCGUUAGCGUGUUUUCUUAGCGUGACCGUUGAACUGUUACACAACGUUAACCCGAGAUCAAUAAUAUCGCUCAAGGAAACGACGACGUCGGGCCCUGCGCGGACUGCAGGGGCAACGUAAUGCAGAAUCAGUCUGAUGAGGGGACACCUGCAGCUGUCAGGAUGCAGCAGAAAAGGAACAUCCAGAUCAUCGAGUGGGAGGACCUCGACAAGAGGAAGUUCUACUCUUUCGGGGUGUUCAUGACGAUGACCAUUCGGGCCACCGUCUACCCGGCCACGCUGAUCCGCACGCGGCUGCAGGUGCAGCGGGGAAAAUCCCUCUACAGCGGCACUUUCGACGCCUUCUUCAAGAUCCUGCGGGCGGAGGGCGUCCGAGGCCUUUAUCGCGGCUUCAUGGUCAACACCUUCACGCUCAUCUCGGGCCAGGCUUACAUAACCACCUACGAGCUGGUGAGGAAGUACGUCUCCCAGUAUUCCGAGGACAACACGGUGAAGUCGCUGGUGGCCGGCGGCUCGGCCUCCCUGGUCGCCCAGAGCAUCACCGUUCCAAUCGAUGUGGUCUCUCAGCAGCUGAUGAUGCAGGGCCAAGGGGAGCACCUCACGCGCUUCCGACUUAAUUCCAACACGGAGCCGGGGAAGUCCAAAAAAGUGUUUGGCCAAACCAGGAACAUUGUGGCUCAGAUUUUUGCUGUGGAUGGUUUCCGGGGCUUCUACAGGGGUUACGUGGCUUCUCUGCUCACUUACAUCCCGAACAGCGCGGUCUGGUGGCCUUUCUAUCAUUUUUAUGCAGAGCAACUGUCUAAGCUGGCGCCCAGUGACUGCCCUCAUCUGCUGCUACAAGCUAUUGCUGGACCUCUAGCAGCCGCCACGGCCUCCACCGUCACCAACCCGAUGGACGUGGUCCGAGCCAGAGUGCAGGUGGAGGGCAGGUCUUCAGUCAUCGACACCUUCAGGCAGCUGAUCAAGGAGGAGGGCUGCUGGGGUUUGACCAAAGGACUGUCUGCGCGCAUCAUCUCCUCGGGGCCCACGGCCAUCGUCAUGGUGGUCGGCUACGAGUCGCUGAAGAAGCUGAGUCUGCGACCGGAGCUGCUGGACUCGAGGCACUGGUAGAGCUGCGCGGGGAGAACACGCGGACCGCGUCUGACACCUUUAUGUAAAAAAGACUGAAGGAUGGGAGGAUUCAUUGUGGAGCGUGUUCGCUGUGCAUGGAAGAGGAAUUGAUGCUAACUGUGUCACGGCGUUGAUCAGGGGCUCAGAGGAAGGUCGAAUAACUUGUUUUAAUUUGCUUUCUCUUUUCCUUUGGCCUUUUUUCUUUUAUUCUUAAGUCACUGCCUUUUAAGAGUGAUCGAGACAAUCUUUGUUUCUUUUGUUGGAUGUGCGUUAGACUUUGUAGGAGGUGUUGUACUCACUAUUUCCUGGUCCUCAGAUUGGCCAAUCACAGCUGAGCGCUGUCUGUCUGAUGGUUCACUUCUCACCUCAGCUUCUAUGGUUUAUCUUCUUACUGCUGAAUGGUGUCCUUCAAACACAGACUACUCUCUUUUUGUCCUUCCAAAGGUUAGAUAACAUGUAUUCAGGUGUGGGUGUGUGUGUGGGGGGGGGGGGGGCUUCGCAAAAGGUCAAUUUAACUGUUUCCGUGCGCAGACCCGAUUGAAACAACGGACGUGGCAAUUUCCACGCAGAACAGGAUCCACGCACGGGUUUUACUACCUGCUUGUGUCUCUGGCGGAAAGUUGUGAGGAAGAAGAGCCGCCUGCAGGGUUUCCCUCUUGUGACCGUAAACGAGUGCAAUACUGUAAGUGUUUAAUCAUUUUCAGCACCAAGUGUGAGUUGUGCGUUUCUUGUCAAUUGUGUAAAUACUGUGUUUUAAAGUAAUAAGGAUUUUACCUCGUU